AUGCAAUCUCUCAAAGCUCUAUCCAGCCUCCAUUCCAUCUCUCCAACCAACCUCCAUUCCAUCUCUCCAACCUCCAUCGAGCAUUCAUCAAAGCUAUCCAAACUCCAUUCUAUCUCUCCAAGCUCUAACCAACCUCCAUUCAAUCUCUCCAAUCUCCUUUCAAUCUCUCAAACCUCCAUCCAACCUCCAUUCAAUUCAAGCUCUAUCCAAGCUCUAUUCAAUCUCUACAAGCUCUAUCCAACCUCCAUCCACACUCUCCAACCUCUGUACAACCUCCAUCCAAUCUUUCCAACCUCCAUUCAAUCUCUCAAAGCUCUAUACAGCCACCAAUCUAUCUCUCCAUCUCUCCAACCAACCUCCAUUCAAUCUCUCCAACCUCGAUCCAGCAUUCAACAAAGCUCUAUCCAACCUCCAUCCAAUCUCUCCAACCUCUGUACAACCUCCAUCCAAUCUUUCCAACCUCCAUUCAAUCUCACCAACCUCCAUUCAAUCUCUCAAAGCUCUAUCCAGCCACCAAUCUAUCUCUCCAUCUCUCCAACCAACCUCCAUUCAAUCUCUCCAACCUCCAUCCAGCAUUCAUCAAAGCUCUAUCCAAACUCCAUUCUAUCUCUCCAAGCUCUAUCCUACCUCCAUUCAAUCUCUCCAACCUCCAUCAAACUUCCUUUCAAUCUCUCCAACCUCCAUUCAAUUCAAGCUCUAUCCAACUUCUUUUCAAUCUCUCCAAUCUCUGUACAACCUCCAUCCAAUCUCACCAACCUCCAUUCCAUCUCUCCAACCUCCAUCCAUGCAAUCUCUCAAAGCUCUAUCCAACCUCCAUUCCAUCUCUCCAACCAACCUCCAUUCCAUCUCUCCAACCAAUCUCCAUUCCAUCUCUACAACCCCCAUCGAGCAUUCAUCAAAGCUAUCCAAACUCCAUUCUAUCUCUCCAAUCUCUAA